AUGGUUGAAGAACUAGAAAAAACGCUAGAGUUUGAGUCGACUAAAGUGUCCAUCAGAUACUGCAGGCCAAAACAGGAGCUGCAAAAUCCCAAGUUCAAGGAGCCGAUCGUAAACGUGACAGCUUCCGUGGGUCGGGAGGCCAUCCUGGCGUGCGUCGUCCAGGAUCUGUCAGCAUACAAGGUUGCCUGGCUCCGCGUGGACACGCAGACUAUCCUAACGAUAGCAAAGCAUGUUAUUACGAAAAACCAUCGGAUUGGGGUUACCAACAGCGACGAUCGUACGUGGUUCCUGCACAUCAGAGAAGUCAAGGAAUCAGAUCGCGGGUGGUACAUGUGCCAGAUCAACACGGAUCCUAUGAAGAGUCAGAAUGGCUACCUAGACGUUGUUGUCCCCCCGGACAUCCUGGACUAUCAGACCAGCACUGACAUGGUUGUGCGCGAAGGAAGUAACGUAACCUUACGAUGUGCAGCCACAGGUUCUCCGGUACCCAAUAUCACCUGGAGACGCGAGGACGGCCAAGUAAUUCUCCUCGGGAACAAACAAGUGGCGAGCGUGGAGGGGUCAACUUUCAACAUCAUCAGAGUGAAUCGAUUGCACAUGGGCUCGUAUCUCUGCAUAGCGUCCAAUGGUGUGCCACCCUCUGUCAGUAAAAGGAUUAUGCUGAUUGUACACUUUCCACCGAUGGUUGACAUUCAGAACCAACUAGUUGGUGCUCGUGAAGGACAAGCCAUAACGUUGGAGUGCAUCUCCGAAGCUUAUCCGAAGUCUAUCAACUAUUGGACCAGAGAUAUGGACGAAAUAAUACCGCAAGGUGACAAGUACGAGCCAGUGCUCAUGGACAACGCGUACAAGGUGCACAUGAAGUUAACGAUCCGCUCGGUAACAUCCUUGGAUUAUGGGUCCUACAAGUGCGUGUCACGCAAUUCCUUGGGCGAUACCGACGGCAGUAUCAAGCUUUACCGAAUACCGCCGAGUUCUGGUUCGCAUUCUACGUACGCCAACGACACUAAGUACAAGGGAAAGCUGAGGAAAAACUACGGAAACAAUAUCAUUCAGGGAAACCAAGAUAUGUUGAAAGAACGUGACCUCAAAUUGCGAGGUCGCAAGGAAAACGGAGACGACGAGGACGAGGAUUACAGCGACUCGGGGGCAUCGUUUACAAGAGGUUGUCCGAGUUUAACCCUUACAGCAGUUGUUCUGAUCCUGUGUCUACAUCAUCAUCAUCCUCAAUUACGUAGGCUACAUCCCGCCUGA